AAGACUCCCACACAAACACACAAAAACACAUUUAUAAAUAGGUUUAGAUUAUUGAGCUACAUUUAAGCCAACACAAAUUAUCAUUAUCAUAUAAUAUAAGAGAGAUGGAGAAUAAGAGAUUGCCUGCACUGUAUAUGACCAUGGUGGUUUGUGGUUCACUGAUGGAGCUAGCCAUUGGAGCUGUUUAUACAGUUGGAGACUCAGCUGGUUGGACCACCAUUGGCAAUGUUAAUUACAAACAGUGGGCUGCUACUAAGACCUUCAAACUUGGUGAUACCAUUGUUUUCGCAUACAACAAGCAAUUUCACAAUGUGAUGCAAGUUAGUCAUGCGGACUACAGAUCCUGCAAUAUCUCUGCGCCCAUUGCGACCCAUUCUACAGGCAAUGACUCUAUCAGUAUAAAGACAUACGGCCACCACUUUUACCUCUGUGCCGUCCCAGGUCAUUGCCAAGCCGGACAAAAGGUUGACAUUAACGUUCAAAAGGUUUCUUCAACAUUGGCUCCAACUCCAUCGGCAUCAAAUCCACCAGCGUUGGCUUCUUUGCCAUCUCCAUCUUUUAGUCCCACAACGAAUGCGCCUAAUUCUGUAGGCCUAGCUGCUUCAUCGGCUAAAUCAUUCAUUAAAGUGGGGUUGGCUAUAGCUAUUUUUGUUGGUAUGGUAUGACGGUUCGAUCUAUUUGUCUUGAUGAACAUGAUUGAAGACAAUGAAGAGGCACUAGCUGCAUUUGGUUUUGAUUUUCUGUAGAAAUAGGCAUCGUACCGACUUUGUGUAAGAAUCACAAUAAAUUUUUCACAGUUAUGUUUAAUUGGUUAUUGUAGUUCAUGGAGAUAAUCUUGUAUUCUUUUCA